AGAGUGCUGCCUGUCAGACGAUCUCUUCCAAGAACGGAAGGCAAGUGGGAGAAUCACGGCUAUGAUUAUUUGCAGAGAGGUUGAUCACGACUGACGUUUACAACUGGCCGGAGCUUGCCUCUCUCCCCUCCUCCGGAGUGCGAUGCCGGCGUUCCGCUGAGCCCUGCGAUCACAAUAAAAAAAAAGGGGGGUCGCGCCUCUUUGCCACCUCCACAAGACGAAAGUUCGAGCGACACAUUCUGACAGCAGCCAAGAAGGGAAGAAAGCAAUCCGUUCCCUGCCUCGGCAGCUUCCCUUCCCCGGGGACGAUCCUCCAGGCGGGUUUCCGUAGCAGGCUAUCAAGAUGUUGCACGAGGCGCAGUCUGCAAAGUGAUUGCGCAGCUGCUGACGCCAGAGGUUUUCGCCUGAAAAACUGCCCUGGGGAUCGAGUCUUUUUGGACAGCGCCACCGAAGGAGAUCGGCGCAUACACGAAAAAGGAAGAGGCAGCAGCCGCGCCUCCAUCCGGAUUCUGCCCCCGGCGCGCCCGGCACCGAUGUCUUGGGAAUGAGCCGGAGGGCAGGCGGGGGUGGGGGGAGCCCCGGGCGUGGACAGCCCCUCGCCGCGGCUUGACGAGGGCGCCCGGCCCUGCGCACCUUCCACCUGCCCUGGCCGCUCCCGCUUUCUCUUCCUCCUUCACCUGGUGCGGGGACCAUGAGCGGCUGGGCCAGGCUCGCCGGGCUCCUCCUGGCCGUUGCCGGGACUCAGGAGCAGCUGCUGCUGCAACAGCAGCCGCGGAAGACGGCAAGAAGCGGCGUGAGCCCCGCCGCGGAAGAGGCAGCUGAGUUCGACCGCAUCUAUUCGGGGACGGUCAACCGAGACACGGAGCGGCUCUACUCUUUCCACUACACCAGCAAGCCGGGCCAGGUGGAUGCAGUCCGGGUUAAUGUAAAGAGUAACUCUGAAGAUCUUCAGUACCCAGUCUUGUUUGUAGUUCGGCAGCAGAAGGGAGUGCUGUCCUGGCAGGUCCCACUUAUUUUUCGAGGCCUUUACCAAAGAAGCUAUAACUACCAAGAAGUGAGCCGUACCCUCUGCCCUUCAGAGCCCACACCUGAGAGUGGACCUUCUGAGCAGAUCAUAUUUGUAGAUGUGGCUUCCAUGGCCCCCUAUAAUGUCCGAGUUACACUGCAGGUCACCAAGGUCAAGAGCUUCCAGCUUAGGUUGAACACUGCUUUUAACUUCACUGCCAGCCCUUCCCAACCUCAGUAUUUUCUGUACAAGUUCCCUCCAGAUGUGGAUUCUGUCAUAGUCAGAGUGAUUUCUGCGAAAGUCUACCCCUGCUCUGUUGUCUCCAUCCAGGAUAUUGUGUGUCCAGUUUAUGAUUUGGACCAUAAUGUGGAAUUUAAUGGAGUUUACCAGACCAUGACAAAACAGGCAGCCAUCACCGUGCAGAAAAAGGACUUCCCAAGCGAGCAGUUCUUUGUUGUAUUUGUCAUAAAGCCUGAGGACUAUGCUUGUGGGGGUUCAAUACCUUCCUCUAUUCAAGGAAAGGCUAACCACACCUGGAACCUCCAGCGGAUGAAGAGCCUUGAAGUGACAGUUGUGCCCUCAAUUGAAGGUUCUGUUUAUGUGCACGCCAUCCUUUUCAGCUUUCUGAGUUUCUUCUCAUUCUAUCUGGGUGCGCUGGUGGUUGCGUUUGUGCACUACAUUAGGGUUCGUAGGAAGUCUUCAGCUGGAGGACACAGUCCUGAUGAUGGGUCUGGGACUGUGACCUCCUCUCAUCCUAUCACCGCUAGCACCCCUGAAGGAAGCAGUUAUGGAGCAAUUGAUGAGUCAAGCUCCAGUGGAGGCCAGCAGUUAUCUCUGGAUCGCAGGCCUCCUUGUGACUCUGACACAGACAGCUCUGUGGAAGAGGAAAGCGACUUUGACACCAUGCCUGAAAUUGAAAGUGACAAGAAUGUCAUCCGCACAAAGAUACUGCUGUAUCUGUCAGAUUUAUCCAGGAAGGAUCGGAGAAUUGUCAGCAAAAAGUAUAAUAUUUAUUUUUGGAACAUUAUCACGAUUGCUGUCUUCUAUGCCUUGCCUGUGAUCCAGCUGGUGAUCACAUACCAGACGGUGGUGAAUGUGACUGGAAACCAGGACAUCUGCUAUUAUAACUUCCUUUGUGCUCAUCCAUUGGGAGUCCUGAGUGCUUUUAACAACAUCCUCAGCAAUGUGGGCCACCUGCUGCUGGGCCUCCUCUUCCUUCUGAUUGUGUUGCGCAGAGACAUUCUCCAUAGACGCUGUUUGGAAACCAAAGACAUCUACACAAUGGAAUAUGGGAUCCCCAAGCACUUUGGUCUCUUUUAUGCUAUGGGCAUUGCUUUGAUGAUGGAAGGUGUCCUCAGUGCUUGUUAUCAUGUGUGCCCCAACUAUUCUAAUUUCCAGUUUGACACCUCCUUCAUGUACAUGAUUGCAGGGCUGUGCAUGCUAAAGCUCUACCAGACUCGCCACCCUGACAUCAACGCCAGUGCCUACUCUGCCUACGCAUCCUUUGCAGUGGUCAUUUGUCUUGCUGUGCUUGGAGUGGUUUUUGGAAAAAAUGCGGUGUGGUUUUGGAUCCUCUUCUCAGUCAUCCAUGUUGUGGCCUCGCUUGGUCUCAGCACCCAGAUCUACUACAUGGGUCGGUUCAAGAUAGACGUUGGGAUUUUCCAGCGUGCCAUUAUGGUACUCUACACAGAUUGCAUCCAACAAUGCAGCUGGCCAGUGUACACGGACAGGAUGGUCCUGCUUGUUGUUGGGAACCUGGUAAACUGGUCUUUUGCCAUUUUUGGACUGGUAUAUCGGCCAAAGGACUUUGCCUCCUAUAUGCUGGGCAUCUUUAUCUGUAAUCUUCUGCUGUAUCUUGCUUUCUACGUCAUCAUGAAGCUCCGCAGCUCAGAGCGGCUCCUGCCCAUCCCCCUUUUCUGUAUUGUGGCCACAGCUGUGGUUUGGGCUGCAGCCCUUUAUUUCUUUUUCCAAAACCUUAGCAGCUGGGAGGAAACCCCGGCAGUGUCCAGAGACAAAAACCGCCCGUGUAUCCUUCUGGGAUUCUUUGAUGACCAUGAUGUCUGGCAUUUCCUCUCAGCAGCUGCCUUGUUCUUUUCUUUCUUGGUCCUGCUUACUCUGGAUGAUGACUUGGAUUCUGUGCGGAGAGACAAGAUACCUGUCUUCUGAGCCGCAGGAUGAGGGCAAGAAUUAUUUUUUGUGCUGCUUAUUCAAAUAUUGUUGCCAGCCAGAACAGUUGAUAGAAAACAAAUUUGUCAGUGUACGCAUAUUCCCAAGUACACAUUGGGAAUAAACUUGUUUAAACAACUGGCAUAUAGGAAGACCUGACGAGAGCAAAAAGAUCUUCUUGCAACUCAUGCACCAGCCAGCUAGUAUUGCUGAGAGAAGUUAACUGCUCGGCCUUUGCAGAUUCUCUUAACUGCUUACUAGAAUUCUUACAAAGGAUAAAAUGUCCUCCCAAUGUUUUAAUUUUUGGUGGAUGGCAGUGAAACUUGCACAAUGCCUGCUGUUUUGAGGCAGUGCAAGUGUAAUGGUGGUAAGACCCCUUGUUCUGAAAAAGCAAGCAUGUAUUGACCCUUUAAACUAUGGUUCUUAGUCUGUGGUUCUUCUGACAAAUAUCUAUUGUAAGUUAUUAUUCUUUUUGGUACUUGGACUCAACUGCUUAAUUUGUCACUAUUAAUUUACAUUGGCGCAUCAUAUCUGCCCCUGUACAAGAUAUCUGCAGGUUUUCUGUUAAUUAUUAUAAGAUGGCCAAAAAAAUUUUUUUACUUUAAAAAUACUCCCUCUUCUUCCUCUGGAAGGCAUUUCUUAGGAAAUUGUCAGAGCACAUCAUUCCUCUCUUUCAGGGGGAGGAGCACACCUCAGAAAGCACUUUUUCAGUCUUGCUCUAUCAUGGUAACACACAUGCUCUUUUCUCAUCCAGAAUCUCCCACUCCUCACUCUGCCAUCAUAUGUAAUGAGUUCUAAAACCAUUUUUUUUAAUUAUAAAGCCUUUUGGCUGAAAUGAUAAGUUUUGGUUCUCUUCUUAAAUGCUCAGCCAAGUUGCAUUACUAGGGAAGGUUGUAGCAAUUAUUCAAACGUUAUGUCAAUUGAAUCUAUAGAAAUAUUUGGCUUUUCUACUUUUGAUUCUUACACCAGCUAUUAAAUUAGCUCAGAUUGUCCUCUCUGCUUACCUGGCCAAAAGUAUUUUUAUAUGCAAGCACCGUAUGUGCAGAGUGGUAAGCGGCGGCAACGCAGCCGAAGCUCUGCUCCCGGCUGGAGUUCAAUUCCAACGGAAGGAGGAAGUCAAAUCUCGGGUAAAAGGGGUCGAGGUCCACUCAGCCUUCCAUCCAUCCGUGGUCGGUAAAAUGAGUACCUGGCAUAUGCUGUGGGGGUAAAGAAAGGCCAGGGAAGGAACUGGAAAUCCCACCCCAUAUAUACGGUCUGCCUAGUAAACGUCGCCAGGCGUCUCCUUAAGAGUCGGAAACGACUCGCACUAUAAGUGCAGGGAUACCUUUACCUACCAACUACUGAAAUUCUGCACUGAUGUGUUUCAUGAAGUCACUGUGUCAAAUGUCAUCAGCUUGCAGCUGUUUAAAGGAAACCUGAGAAUUCAAAACAAGAUUCCUUCUAUUCUUAUACCAUCAACUAAACCAGACAAAAAAACAAACUGCUUCUACUCUACCACAGGCUUGCACAUCCUCCAUGUCUGCUACCCUGAAGUGCAACUCAGAGUCUGAAGUGGUUGUAGCCCUGAACUCCUCUUCAAAUACUUGCUAAUAAACUGUUGUAUGUAUUUGAUAAAACUGGUGCAGCAUAUGAUGGCCAACAAUGUACAGUAUGGAGUAGAAAGGCCCUGGUUCAAAUUUCACUCAGUAGGCAGCUGCGGGCACAACUCUGUUCUCUGAGCCUCAGGACCCCAUCCCUAUCAGUGGAUAAAAUAUUAGCCACUCUAUGGCUAUUAGAUUUCUGAUGUAAUGUAAGUGAAACACUUUGGCUAUGUCAUGUGUAUUAUCUGGGUACAUGUAUUAUAUAAAUCCUAAGUAUUUAAUUUUUUCAUUGUUACCUUGUGUUUCUGGUCUAUAAAUUAUGUAUAAUUUAUAGCCUUUCAUUUUCAUGCAGGCCACUUUUUAGACACGUAGCCCAACAUACUUACUUUGUUUCACAGAGCCCAAUGCAUUAAAAAGAAGAACCCCAGGAGAUAAGGCCAAACUAGGCCCCUUUUUUUGGGUCACAUCCCCCAAGCAAUUAUCCAGGGUUGGGGUGUCUUAACAGACAGACAAAAUUUGGAUCAGCUAGCCACAAAGGUUCUGAUGGACUGAAGAGGAAUGUGAAAGCAUAUGGACCCAGUUUGUAAAAAAAACAGACAUUAUGAUGUGAAACUUAAAAUAAAUGCAUCCACACAGAGGAAGUAGGCAACUCAGAGAAGUCAAAAUUAGUGGAAAACCACAAAUGGAAUUUGUUGACUUUAAAUUCUUUAAAAUUACAGGUUUAUGUAGCUUUGGCUGCAACUUGCACCUAAGAUUUAAGCACAAGAUUGCAGGCAUUGUUUGGUUUUUUUCCAGGAAGAGGAACCACAAAGUAUAUACAGCACACAAAAAUGAAAGUACACAAACUGUAUGUUUUUUAAAAUAAAGUACCAUUUUGUUCAUAUCUGUACAAUUUUUACAAUCAAUAAAAUGUUGCACUUAAUAAAAAUCUGAACUUUCAUCAAAAUCACUGUUGUAAAUA